UUCAAUUUAAAAAGAAACACGACAAAGGUAUCGAUAGUACCCGAUAACUGAAGUUGUGCUUAUCGACUUGUCGCCUUUAACGUGUGCAGCCCUAGUUUGAACCGGCUGAAUUUCGUUUGUUGCUUGUCUUGUUUUAUGGCAACUAUAUAGUUAUAGUUCGAAAAAUGGGUCUAUUAUCUGAUCCGUCGCUGUCGUCGAAUAACAAGCUUGUGGAUAAUCUCGCCAAGCAUGUGCGUAAGGUAUGCUACGCAUUCUAUACAGCGGGCGUGGUCUGGUUUCUCUGCCUGGCGCUUCCCGAGUUCAAUCACGGCACCUACUUAUCAGAGAAUGCACUAUCGCCAGGUCUGGUAUAUCCUGAAAUACGCAUAGAUGCCAAUCGAUUGGCGGUGCAGCUGUUGGAGGAACUGCAACGCGAGCGCAAGGAUCAUCAGGCCACUACACCGCAUGCUUGGAUUGCAGCUAAAUUUAAUGAGUUUGGCCUUGAGACACAUGUGCAUAAUUUUACGUUGCGUUAUCCCUUUGGCAAUGGCAAAGAGUUCCAUGGCAAGAAUGUCUAUGGCAUAUUACGUGCACCACGCAUUGGCUCCACUGAGGGCAUUGUGUUUUCUGCACCCUAUCGUGCACCCAACUCAGUGGAUGUCGACAUAACGCCCAGCGUGCCGCUCUUGCUGGCCUUUGCUGAUUUUGCCAGACGCAAAAACUAUUGGGCCAAGGACUUGAUAUUUUUAGUCACCGAGCAAGAGCAGCUGGGCAUGCAGGCCUGGUUAGAGGCCUAUCAUGAUGGCGACAACGUUGCGGAUCAUUCUUUCUUAAAUCCAGGCAACUUGCCUGCACGCGCUGGCUCGUUGCAGGCUGCUUUGAAUAUUGAAGUGCAGGACUUUGAAAUUGAUUACAUUGAUGUCAAGAUUGAGGGCUUGAAUGGCAAGCUGCCCAAUCUGGAUAUGUUCAAUUUGGUGCAGCGCAUUAUGGCACGCGAGGGCGUCAGCUCGGGCUAUAAGCAAACGCCGCGUAAGAAGCGCCGCAGCAAUCUGUCCAACUUUGAGCAGAACCUACGCCAAAUGUUAACCAUGCUGGCCUCACAGUCAACUGGCGUGCCUAAUGGCAAUCAUGGACUCUUUCAUCGUUAUCGCAUUGAUGCUUUGACCAUAGCGGCUGCCAAACGUGUCACUAAUACCAAUGUCAAGACCAGUCCCGGCUCAGCGGCUAUACCACUGCUACAAGCUAUUGAAGGCAUUGCACGCAGUCUAAACAAUCUGCUGGAGCGCUUUCAUCAGAGUUUCUUUUUCUAUGUGAUUGUGCAUAACGAUCGUUAUAUAUCCAUAGGCGAUUAUAUGCCAGCGCUGGUGGCGCUUGUCGCCUGCAGCUUCAUCAAGGCCUACCUAAUAUGGUCCACUAUUGACGUAAGCCCAGACGCUAAGACUGAGCCCGAGUCAGAGAAUGGCAAACUGUCGCUGCCAUAUGGUCCCGUAUUGAUUUAUCUAACUGCUGCUCUGUUUACGGGCUAUUUGGGCAAUGUGCUGCCACUAAAGCAAUUCUUUCUGGACAUGCCACUAAGCGCAGCACCACUAACCACCUCCAUACUGGUCGCACUCACCUUGAUUGGCUUUGUUAUGCCUUUCAUCGUUGUGCUGCCACCUGGCGGUCUCGAGCUGCUGCACGUGGGCCUGCUACUCAUCUAUGGCUGCGCUCUAAUUGUUGUGGGUCUGCUCAACUUUUCGCUGGGCUUCUUUAUAGCUGUGAUCUCCAUGCCAGCUGUGAUUGCUUUGAACACAGACGCCAAAAGCAAAUUCAGUCUCAACAAGCUGACGCGUCUCUGGACGCUGCUGCUCAACCCGCUGGUGAUAAUUUAUGGUAUUGUGCUAAUCAUGAGUUUCUAUCAGUUUCCAGAGCUCACUUGGCAGCAGUUGCUGCUUCGCGCCGGCACCGCUGCUAUGGACGCCACCACCUAUGCGCUUAUUGAUUCAGUGAUCUAUGGCAAUUGGCUUUAUUUCGCUGUCAGCACUGUAUUCCUGCCGCUGUGGAUCAUCUGUUGGACACUGGCGCUAUCCAGGCGUCGUCACUUGGUCACACUGCAACCAAAGCUUAAGACAAACUAAUCGUAUUUAAAAAAUUAAUAGCUGUUUAUAACUAAUACAUUUUAGCCCAAUUGGCAACGA